CCGCGCCCCGCACGUGGAAAGUGUGAGAGGGCCGCGGCGGGCUUCCGCGCCGCAUUCCUGCGCUCCUCACGUCACCGCUCACCCUGCGCCCGCCGGCUGCCCGCGCCUUUGAGGAGCCGCGAGGCUGUGCUUGGUUUGUGCUCGCCGCUGAUUCAUCGUCGUUUUUCAUUCCUUGCUCCUGCCUGGGGUCUGGGCUCCAGUGCAGGCUGCCUCGAGGCCAGACUAUGUAAAGCACUGGCACAUUUGUGUGUUCGUGGGUGUUGCAAAGCACCCGGGGCCCGGCCGGCCCCCCGAGCAUCCCAGGACAGCGGAAGGAGGGCGGAAAGGACGCGCUGUAGCUGGAGCCCUGGAACUGCUCCCUGCUCUCCACCCCCAGCAGUUUUACUGCCUGAGUCCAUCUUGGGCUGGCACCUUGUCGGAUGGGUUUGCAAGCAUCCUCCAUGUUUCACAGGCCUCCCAGUGGCCGGGAAAGGAGGCUGGGACCUCUGCGCGGGCAAAGCAUCCUACCUCGACCCCACAGCAGCAGUGCCAGCAGCCCGGCUGAGAGGGGAGACAGGAAACAGUGGGGUGCAAGCUUCAAGCUUGCCUGCAAGCUGUGUGCAUCCACCGUGGCUGCAACUAUCAGCAGUUAUUUUUCCAUCUUGGCAUGGCAUGGGACCAGGCCUCUCAUCCUCCUCUCUCUCUUCCAGAGACGGCUGAAAGCCCGGCAGCCGAAGGGAACAGCUUCACGGGAGCUGACAGCCUUGAAGGCAGAGAAUGCCAAUGCCACCCCAUUGCCUGAAGAUGGGAAGGAGAAAGCCACACUGCUGGAAGAGCAGAGGACAGAGAUUAAAAAAAUCCUUCAAGGACACGAGGAGGAAAAGGAGAGACUGAGACAAGUCCACCAGGCAGAGACCCAGAGACUUGCCCAAGACAUCAAAGCCCAGGUGGAAAAGGGAAAAGACUUGGAGCUGAAGGAGCAACUCUCCGAGCUGUUCAACGCGCUGAAGAGAGAGCAUGAAGGGACCCUGCAAGAGCUCCAGAGAGCACACGACCAGGAGAAGCUGCUGCUGGCAGAGUCCCACCAAAGGUCCCAGGAGGCCUUACAGGAGACAAUAGAUGCCUUGAAUUCCCAGCUGAAGUCCUUCCAGGAGAAGAUGAAGCGGGCGGAGGAAUCGCUGUUGAGCAGAGACUACAAGAAACACAUCGAGGAGCAUGGAAGCCCCAGCCCAUUCUGGGAGCAGGAGCUGGAGAGCCUGCACUUUGUCAUUGAGAUGAAAAAUGAGUACAUCCAUGGCCUGGACAAGAAGCUGCUGAACCUGGAGACUGUGGUGGAGCAGAACUUGCUGCUGGAGGAGAAGGUGAAAACCCUGCAGCAGGAGAACGAGGACCUGCACGUUCGCACCCAGAACCACUUGAUCAUGACCAGGCAGCUGUCCGAGGAGCUGCUGGCCGCCCGCGGGGCCCUGGAGAAGGAGUCGCAGCUGCGGGAGCAGGCGCGCCGCGAGAAGGAGGAGCUGAUGUACCGCGUGCUGAACGGGGGGGACGCCUCCUCCUUCCCCCUCCCUCCCGCCGAGGUGCCCCUCAUCGCCACGUAGCGCCCCACGGCCCGGCGCCAUGGCGGAGCUGCCGGGCCUCCCUCCCUCCCUCCGGGCACGCAGACUGGAGCCGCUCCCACGCGUGCCUCCGUGCCCGGGGCAGUGCCUCAGGGCGGCCGAGCCCUCAGGGCAGCCGCGGCAACAGGGUAUUUCGCAGAACACUUCCACCCUGCCUUCCCCCUCGCUCGUGCCCUCCCUCCGCUGGGGACCGUGGGCAGCUCCAGCCAGCCCUGUGCAUCGCUGCCUCCAGCGCCAAGCCCCGCGAGCAGGCGCAUGCUCGAGACCGGCCGGCUCGGGGCAGGACCAGUGCCAGCGUUCCCGCGAGGUGAUCAGACAAGUUGGUUGCCUGUGGGGCAGAUGGGAUGGGGAUGAGCACCAGGCAGGUGAGGACGGCCCCGAGGCCGGGAAGGAGCCGAGGGGGAGCAGGCGCUGACCCCGGGGGCCUGGUGUUAAGUGUAAGUGGCAAAAGGCGGUAGCAGUGCUGUUCCCCGGCGGAGAAGCCCUGGAGAUGGGAGGCAACAGUGGAGAGAGGUGUCCUGGCUCUGCUCCCCUGCUCUGGCCCCCUGAGCCGACAAUGCCCGGAUUGGCUCCGGUCCUUGCUCAGAAAAGUGCUGCUCCUGCCAUUUUCACAGUGAAACCAAGUUUCCCCUGCCUGGGACCUGCCAUGGUCCUUGGGGAAGAGGGGGAGCAGGCAAGGCUUGCACCGCUCCCCCACCCUCCUCCUCCUCCUGUAACCUGCUCCCAGGGGUCGCUCCCACGGACCGGGAUGUGCCCGCUCAGCGACACGCAGAACCGAACACGUCCGGCUCUUGCCAUCUGGUCCCAUCUUCUCCCGGAGAGCUGGGCAGGGGAUGCACGCUCACAGGCAUGCUCAGAGCAGAGAGCAUCCUCCCCCAGGGGAGCAGGCUGCGGUGGUCACCGCCGGCGGGUCGCGUCCCUGCCCACGUCCCCUUGGCGAGGAGGUUGGUGCAGCAGCAGGGACAAGGGGGACUGGAGAG